AUGGAUAUUGCAUUACAACAGCAUCCGACUUAUUUAACACCAGCCCAAUGUGCUCGUCAAUUUGCCGAUGAUCUUCUCGAGAAUAAAGAUAUUGGUAAAUCAAUGUCUGAAAUGAUCUCGUCUUCAUAUAUAAGUUCAUUAAUAAAUAUAGCUGAAAUGUUUUUAAUACAUGAACGAUCAUUAUUUCUAUCGGCAGUAGCCGAAAUAGGUUUAUUGUGUUCGAAUAAAUAUUAUGAACGUGUUCAUUAUUUUAUAUCAUUUCUGGACGAACUUGUUGAAUUUUAUAAUGAUGUUAAAUACAAAAUGUUGAUAGAAAAGUAUUUAGAUAAAAUUGUUUAUGCGGACUUAACUGAUCAUUUUAUAUCGUAUCCAAUAAUAUUACAAGUUCAAAUCAUGGCUAUUAUUGACAGUACAUCAAUACUUAAAUUUCCAUUAAUACGAGAAGGAUCAGAAUCGGAUCAAUCAAAAAUCGAUUUAUUUUUGCAAGAUGCAGCUCGAUAUUUUCAUAACAUCUCAUCGCGUUCACUUUAUCGGCGCAUUGUUUUUCGUCUUAAUUCACAAAUAUCUUCUCAACAAUCAAUUUUACGCGCACUUAUUAUUGGUUGUAUAUUUUUACCAUUAACAUGUCAUUCAGCAUUCUUAGAUGAACUUUAUUAUUUAUUAUCGAAUCAACCAGAUUUAUUAUCUUUUGCAAAUAUGGAAACAUUUUUUCAUGUUCUAUGGCCAACUGGAAUUAAUCAAUCGUAUUCUGUUCCACGAGUUUAUCUUUCACAAUUGUUAAUUGCUCGUUUAUUGAAUGUUCAAAAACAUUUUCCACAAAUUAUCCAAAUUUGUUUUUUAAUACAUCUUCGUGUGCCAAAUAUACGUAUCAAACUUGUGGAUAUCAUUGAACCACUAUGUGAAACAAAAGGCUUUCAACGAUAUUUAGAUCAACAACAACAAGAAUUUAAUAUGUCUCGACAAGAUGAUCAACAAAAUGCAUCUAUUUUGGAACCAUUACUUCAUCAAGUUCGUGAACGUAUGAAAAAAGGAUUUCGAUUGAAACAACUAUGUCGAAUGAAAAUUCGAUCAAUUCUGGCUCAAAAUAAACAUCAACAUAUAAUUGCGCAAGUUCAUCAAUUGAAAGAAUUAUCUGAGACGAGUAAAACUUAUUUAACGUAUAAUAUAGAACUAUUACUUAAUGAUCCAGAAAAAUUUGUUGAAUCAACACAAUCACAAAACGAACCAAUAUGGAAUUCAAGUAUUCCACCACCACCCGUUUACUGA